CCCGGGCCCUCAAUCAAACGACCCCCCCCGCGGCCUCAUCCUCUGCUGCGACGGCACGGGGAAGGUGAUGGCGGGGACUCAGAAGCGGUGGGAAGGGGGGUUUGGACGGGGUUUAGAGGAGAAUGUGUGUGAGGGGUAUAAUUUUCUUGUGAGUGUGGAUUUAUUCCUAUGAAGGGGGAUCUGCUUUCCCGAUAUGAUGGAUGAUUGGUGGGCCGUGUAUGAGGUGUAUAAGAAGCGAAAGGAGGAAGUGAAAAAAGAGAAACCGAUGCCGCCGACGAAUGAGUGGAAGGGGACGUUUCAUGCCAUUACGACGUCUGGGGCGUAUGCGCAGCCCAAGCUGGGAUUCGAUGAGUCGGUCGAAAAGGAUGUCGCAGCCUAUUUGGCAACAGUGGAUCUCGAGGAGUCAUCGCCACGAGAGAAACAGCUGCUGGAGUUCCUUCAAGAAGCCGCCGAUAAAGCCUGCAGUAGUAUCUGGAAGGAGAAAUCGCUGACUUACACGUUGCGCGGAAGACCAUCCCCAGGCCUGGCAGAGCAAAAGUCGGAACUGAUGCGGCAGACUGGGAAACGGACUCGGCAGUUUCUGGCAGAUCUGGAUGAGGGCAGAAUAUAG